AUGGGUUCUCGAGGAAUCACCAUGCAGCCCGAGGGCGAACCUCGGUUCUGGUACCGCGAUAACUUCUUUCUCACAAAUGACAAGUCCUAUCUGGAUUCCCAAGUUUUCAACAAAUUCCUCAAACAAAUGUGGUGGAGCAGUCCACUCGAACAGCCUCAAUUGCAUAAGCUCUUGAACAAUUGUCUAACUCUGGCGGUAUACUCGGUUCCUCAGACCGCUGCUGACAUGAAGGCAAACGGUAUCGCACGACCCAAAGACGGCUCCGAGAUCAAGAUGGUCGGCUUCGCUCGUGUUGUCACCGACUAUGUCACUUUCGCCUAUCUCACCGACGUAUUCGUCGUGGAGGAAUAUCAACGUCGUGGCUUAGCCUCGUGGUUGAUGCGGUCGCUCAAGGAGAUAGUCAAUGAGUGGAAAGACAUGCGUGGCCUCCUCCUCAUGACCCACGACGAAUCCGCUGCGAGGAUGUACAAGCGCGAGCUCGGUGCGCUCGACUUCGAAGAAGGGCCCUCGGCUGGGUUGGUGCUUCUAGAGCUGCCUGGCCCAGCGGAAAAGCCCACCCCCACGCACCACUGA